CAGAUGGAAGGAAGAUGACUUUUGCGCAAGCGCAGCAGCCGCACACGUUGUUUUGAUAUGGUUGUCGCAAAAUAGCUAAUAGAUAUUCAUGUUUAAACAGCUUUACCACGCUGUUUACGCUGUUUAUUGUCUCAGUGUUACACAUGAAGGUUUCUGAUACGACUGGAGUAGCUGUAAUUAGCUGUUGGUCAAACGGGACGACAGAGAAAGCUGACGUUUAAUGAAAGCUAACCUUUCUAGCUUAGCACUCUGUAGCGACAAGUGGCAGCAUGGCAGCUGUACUGGAGCUGAUUGCUGGGAGCUACGAGCAGGUCACUUUUGGUUACCGAGUGAAUACUGAUGCAGAAGAGUGGACCGUCAAUGCGAACUUCACACAUCACGCGCACACAGCGUCCAUAUCAGCUGCGGCAGCCAGUGAGAGGUUUGUUGUCACAGGAAGCAAAGAUGAGACCAUACAGCUGUACGACAUGAAGAAGAGGACCGAACACGGAGCUUUACUGCAUCAUGAUGGCACCAUCACCUGCCUGGAGUUUUAUGGGGCAUCUCAUUUACUGAGCGGAGGAGAGGAUGGACUUAUAUGUGUGUGGAGCACAAAGAAGUGGGAGUGUCUGAAAUCCAUCAAAGCUCACCAUGGCCAUGUCACAUCGCUGUCUGUCCAUCCGUCUGGGAAACUUGCUCUUUCAGUUGGGACAGAUAAGACUCUCAGAACAUGGAAUUUAAUUAACGGAAGAUCGGCCUUCAUCAAAAACAUAAAACAGAAUGCACACAUUGUAAGAUGGUCUCCAGAUGGGGACAAAUAUGUGGCUGUGGUGAAUGACAAGGUGAACACUUACGACCUGGAGACAGCCUCUGUGACAGGAACAAUCACAAACCCCAAGAGGAUAUCAUCUGUUAAGUUCCUAAAUAACUCCAUCCUGGCCGUCGCAGGAGACGAUGAAGUUGUGAGGUUUUGUGACCUGGGAAAAGAAAAAUGGGUGUGUGAGUUUAAGGCUCAUGAAACCAGAGUGAAAGCGGUUGACAGUUUCAUGAUGGAGGACUACUGCGUGCUGGUGACUGCUUCAAAUGACGGAUUCAUCAAAAUGUGGAAACUCAACUUAAAAAAGGAGCUGGAGUCUCCCACUCUUCUUGGAGAAGUGAACACAACGGCCAGACUGACGUGCCUUGCUGUGUGGAAACCUUCAUCAGUUCAGCAGACCGCUGAGGAACCAGCAGCUGAGGCAACAACCUCAGAAGAACUCGCACAGGAGCUUUCAAAGACAAAAAGAGUCCGAAUUGUAGCAGAAGAAGUCGUUCUAGAAGACGAGAGUAAACCCAAAAAGAAGAAAAAGGACAGUGGAAAAUAAAAUGUAAAACAAAUAAAUCUGUUUUGUUAUAGAUCGACUUAUGUCUGGACUUAUUUGGUCACAUAUGCAUGUGCUGUUUGUGGUUGCCAUAGGGAGGUCAUAAAGUACAGCUCUUAAGAACAGAGUUUGUAAAUAUGACACACAUGAAAAGAAGAA